AUGUCCAGCAAGCUCGACAAGCCUCUUGACGACAUCGUCUCGGCCAAGCGCCAGUCUGCCCGCAACCGCCGCUCUUCUCAGCGACGUUCAACUGGCCCCAAAGUUGCCGCCCCUGUUGGUGGUAUUCAGAAGGCUUCUAAGCCUGCUCGUGGCAGCGCAGCCAAACCCGCUCCUGCCAAAGCCGCGGCUGCUCAUGGAGAGAGCAAGGUUAUUGUCAGCAAUCUGCCCAAGGACGUCUCGGAGCAGCAGAUCAAGGAAUAUUUUGUCCAAGCCGUUGGACCCAUCAAGAGAGUCGACCUCGUUUAUGGCCCCAACUCUGUUAGUCGCGGCAUCGCCAAUGUCACUUUCCACAAGCCGGACGGCGCUGGCAAAGCUUUCCAGAAGCUGAAUGGCCUCCUUGUUGACAACCGGCCCAUCAAGAUCGAAAUCGUCGUCGGUGCCGCUCAGGCCGACAAAGUCAUGCCUGCGGUCAAGUCCCUGGCCGAACGAGCUACUCAACCCAAGGCUCAGCCCAAGUCAGCUGCUUCUGGCAAGGGUGCUACCGGUGGCGUUGGAAAAGCUGGCAAUGCCAAGGCAGCCAACAAGAAGCGCCGUGGCCGCAGCGCUCGCCCUGCUAAGAAGACAGCUGAGGAGCUGGAUUCGGAGAUGACAGACUACUUCAAGAGUAAUGCCGAAGGUGCAAAUGCUGGAGCUGCCGGUGCUACUGGCGCAGCCGGCGCCACUGGUGACGCUCCCAUGGAGGAUGAGAUCAUGUAA